AGAUGAUGGUGUCAUUGUUACUGACUGUUCUCCUCUGGUCUCUGGUGGAGGUCCACUCUCAGAGCUUUCCUUAUGUGUCCUUCAUGGACCAGACUCUGGUCAACCAUUCCUAUGUGGACCUCAGUCAAGUGGGGAGACCUGAUGCUGGUGGUGGUGGUGAAGGUGUUCAGUGUAUCACUGACCUGGCCACAUGUUGUACUAGUACUGAUGGUCCUCAUCGUGGAGACUGGUAUUUCCCUGAUGGAACUAGACUGCCUUUCCCUGCAUUUAAUGUUGAUACCUAUGAGGCUCGUGUAUCUCAGGGAGUUGACUUACGUCGUAACAUUGGUAUUAACUCACCAACUGCUGGUAUCUAUCGCUGUGAUGUUCCAACUAUUGCUGUCAAUGAUGAUACUGACACCUCAGUGAGAGACACACCAGUCUAUGUGGGACUGUAUACUGCCAUUGGAGGAACUGUUUCAAUAUAUGGAUUGACAUUUGACCCUGACCAGCUGACCCUCACCUGUAUCUCCACUGGUGGACCUGCUACCACUGUCACUUGGACCAGAGACUCCACCACUAUCACCCAAGGAACCCAG